CACUAACAAAACCCGUGGCGAUUCGGUGAGAAUAAUCGGUCAGUGAUAAGCGCGGCUGGGACGAACAUCGUCACUGGCGCAAGUGAGGCUUCGAUCUCCAUCACCGGUUAAUCGGGAGCCACGAGCAGCAACGAAAUGCCGAAGCAGCGAGAGAUGCCAGUAUAAGUAGCUCGCCUCCAAGUCUCCCGGGAAGCCCUUUAUUCAGUCUAACCAUCUCAUCCUUUCUCUCACACAAGCAUCCAAACAAACACAAUGUCCAGACGCUUCAGACUCUUAAAGCCUGCUUUCAAAGCACACUACGACAUCAUCUCCGACGACGACGCAGAGCAGCGCCAGUUUUACGUCGACAUCAAAGUCAAGCCCUUCUCCAAGUCCGUCCCCGGCCUAACGCUCUACGCUGGCUCGGACAACUCGGACAAUGCGCCCAUUCUAGGCGCCAGUUACAAGCCAGCGUUUUCCGAAACGAUCAAGGUGGCGUUUGGUGAUCCAGGCCAGACGUCCCAUGUCGAAUGGGAGGAGCUCGAAAAGACCAAGCUGUCCCGCUUCGAGUACAAGUGGUCGACGUACAUGCCGUCCAAGGACACAUCAGACGACGAGGAUCGUCUGACAGAUCUUCUGUGGAAACGGACAAGCAGCGAAGGCGUGGAUGGUGUGCAGCCUUCCUCUUGGUCACCGCGCAACUGGAAACUUACUGGUGACGAUGGCGUCGUCUUGGCCGUCUUUACAUCCGACAAGGGCAUUGGCAAGGCAGGCACCCUGGAGAUCAGGGCGGACAAGGGCGCCGACUGGGACAUCAAAGUGCUCAUGACUCUGGUCUGUAUAUAUCACCGCGCGUCUCAGGGAGGCGGUUAGCCUGUUACAGCUAUGAUCCGACAAGGCGCUUGGAGUGAUCCUUUGGUAGGCAGCGACUUCGGAGAUAUCUACUCUAGGAAAGGCAACGCAAUAUAUAUGCUUGGGGCAUGCGUAAUGUAGCAGGCUAGUACUAUAUGAUUAAGUCUAGAAAUUUAAUUUAAUACAUAGUUUCUAUUUUU